AUGACAAUUAUUAAUAUUAGUAAUAAUCAUAAUCACCAUUUAGUUAUAAUAACAGGAGCAAAUAGAGGAUUUGUUUUGGUUGGUAGAAAUUACGAUUCAUUAAAUUCAGUCAAACAAAAUAUUUUAAAUAAAGAAGAUGAUGAUAAAGGAGGAGAAGGAGGAACAGUUGUUGAUAUUAGGAUUAUCGAGAAUUUUGAUCUUGAAGAAAUGGAAAAUUUAAAUUCUAAUUUGGAAAGACUUUGGCAACAAAUUGAAGCAAAAUUUUUAAAAAGAUUAAAAUCCUCCUUGACAAAUCAACGUAUAAUUGUAAAUAUUUCAUCUUUACUUGCAAUAAAACCAACACCCAAUUGGGGAUUAUAUUGUAUGGCUAAAAGUGCCAGAGAUACUUAUCUAGCUGAAGGUAAUAACACCAAAACUUUAAAUUAUGCACCUGGGCCAUUGAACAAUGACAUGCAAAAACAAGUUAGAGAAACAAUUGGAGAUGUAGAACAAAAGACACUUUACACAAACUUUUUUAAUAAUAAUCAGUUGCUUGAUAUGAAUGAUUCCUCACAAAAACUU